AUGGAGCAACUAUGUGCUCUCUCCUCGCACAACCCGCGGUGCUUUGCUUCUAAACCUCAGCCUCAAUCUCAACCCCAACCUCAACCCCAACCAGAGACGGCCUCUCAAUCCGCUGCGAGACUACUAUUUAAAUCACACUGGAAACUGAACACAGAGUCAUCCCGCGAGGAGCCCAGAUUACGGAGGGUGCUGGGCCAUGUAUCAGUCUACGACCGAACACGGACCUUCACAAACCAAACACAGCAGACACAUCAGCCAGCUGCGGCAGAAACAACAAGACCCGAAUCAAACGAGCUCUCGGAAUACAUCCAACACCAAGUACCUUCGUUCAAGGAAUUCCAGGCCGCGCUCGAAGCCCAAUUGGCGACGAUUGCACAGAUCAGAGCCGCGGCGGCACAAUACAGCAAUGCUGAGGAGUAUGGCAGUGACGAAGAAGAUGACAGCGACUAUGACAGCUGCGACGGCGAAUGGUCUGACAACGAGGACACCUCAGCCGAAAGCGACGACAGCAGCUGCACCGACUACGAGAGCGAGGGCCAACGGUCCGAGUGCUCCAGUCCCACCUUCGACUCGGUGCACGCCAAGUAUGACACGCAGGACCAAGAGGAAGAUAUAUGGGCCAUUCGCCCUCUGAUACCCCUUGUCAGCACCCGCUCCGCAGCAGCUUCGGCUACGGGGUAG